AAGUACGGUCUGGUGGGAGUCACACAGCCGAGGCGUGUAGCAGCCAUCUCUGUAGCAUCUAGGGUAGCUGAGGAACUGCAAUGCACUCUAGGACAUCAAGUUGGGUAUCAGACACUGUGAUCAAGUACAUGACUGAUGGUUGUCUAUUGAGAGAGUUUCUUGAGGACAAAGAGCUCAGUCGAUACAGUGUCAUCGUUCUGGAUGAAGCCCACGAACGAAGCUUGGAUACGGAUAUUCUCUUUGGUCUUGUGAAGCAGCUCUUCCUCAGUUCCUCCUCCUCCUCCUCCCCCUCCUCCUCCAGGAGGAGACGACCUCUCAAGGUAAUUGUUAUGUCAGCGACCCUCGAUCAUGGCAAGUUCGCCAGCUUCAUGGGCGACUGUCCAGUCUUCGAGAUUCCCGGUCGGUUACAUCCAGUCCAGAAGAUAUACUGUGACCUUAUAGAAGAGCAAGACGUACGAAGGGACUUGACUGUAAACUAUGUUGCAAAGGUAGUGGACACCGUCAUGGACAUUCACCUGGAGCAGAAACAAGGAGAUAUUCUGGUCUUUCUGACCGGUCAAGCAGAGAUUGAGAAGGCCUGUGACAUGCUCUUCAAGAAGUCGGAGAGAGUCGACUACAAACAUGACGUGCAGGAUGCCUCAGUGGAGGCUCUUAUGGUCCUCCCAGUCUAUGGUUCUAUGGCAACUGAGGCUCAGAGACGCAUCUUUCACCCAGCAGAACGAGGCGUUAGGAAGUGUGUUGUGGCAACCAACAUUGCUGGCACGUCACUAACCAUCGAUGGCAUCAAGUAUGUGGUGGAUAGUGGUUUUGUCAAACAGCUUUCAUUCAAUCCCCGGACUGGUCUUGAUGCGCUUCAAAUUGUUCCAGUUUCAAGGUCAGAGGCCAUUCAGCGAGCUGGCAGAGCAGGCAGAACUGCACCUGGUAAAUGCUACAGAAUAUACACAGAGGCUUUUUAUGACAAGGCAAUGUCCGAAGAUAUGAUCCCUGAGAUUCAACGAACAAGCUUGACGAGCGUGGUUCUUAACCUCAAGUGCAUGGGAAUUCACAAUAUACUACAGUUCCCGUACAUAGAUCCACCUGAGGAAAGAAUGCUACUUGAGGCUCUAAGACAACUCUACUAUUUUGGUGCAAUAGAUAAAGCUGGGCGUAUGAGCCCUUUGGGGCGGCUGAUGGUUGAAUACCCACUGCCUCCAGGCCUAGCCAGGGCUGUCAUUUACUCUGGUGCCCUCAACUGCCAGGAGUUUCUACUACCGAUUGCAGCCAUGCUGUCUGUAGAAAACGUGUUUAUUCGACCUGGAGAGCCAGGGAAGCAGAAGGAGGCAUCUAAGGCUCACAGUGCCCUGGCUAAGAUAGCAGGAGGUGUUAAUGACUUUGCCACACUCCUGGCCAUUUUCAGGAACUACGUAGACAGUGAGUCUCCAUCAUCAUGGUGCAGAAAGAACUUCAUCCACCUUAGAGCUGUCAAGACGGCAGUCAGCAUCCACAAGCAACUUGAAGGAAUUCUCAAUCGACAAAUGACGACGUCUUUCUUUCCCAAAGAGAAAGUACCCUCAAGCACAACCCACAGUGAUUUAUUAAGACGGUCACUGUGUGCGGGAUUCUUCUGCAAUGUUGCAAGAAAAGCUUCAUCUGGCCGAGGGUUCCACACUAUGGAGGGACACGGCACCACUGUCUUCAUCCAUCCAUCAUCAGCAUUAUUUGGCCAUGAUGACGCUUUAGACUGGGUGAUAUAUCACGAGGUGGUCUGGACAUCCAAGGUAUUCAUGAGAACUGUUUCUGCUGUAAAGUAUGAGUGGAUUGAAGAUUUAUUGCCAAGGCUGCAUGAGCUUGAUGCUUACGGGCUGAGUGGAUGUUUGGCUCCGAGUAUUGAAGAGACCAUAAAUGCCACCAGUGAAGAUAACACACAGAAUGCAGACACCAAAAUAGAAACAUCUCGGUCACCCGAGGAGAAAAGAUCAAAAGUUGAGAAGAGAAACAAUGAUGACUCAGUUGCAGAUGCAAGACAACGCUAUCUUGAGAGGAAAAAGGCUAAGCAGAAGUAACACAUAUCUACUUUGCCAACCACAAAAACUUUGAUUCCCUUUUAAAAUGGUUAGUUACUGCCACCAUGACAUAAUGAGAGCGCCCAUACGGGGAGAAAGGAAAGGAGCUAUAAAUGCAGGCAGACAUUUUAACCUAAUGGUUGAAAUGUGUCUGAUGGUCUGUUUGCAAUCAUUCUCUACCCUGACACUGACCCCCAACAUAAUGCCCAUCUGCUGCCCUCACAUUCAACCCCCCAACCUAGUCACGGUGCAAGAUGUCAUGUUGAGUUGGUCAACCUCUAUGGUAAUACCACAGGCCCCAUUCACUCACUGCUAAACUCAUUUCAGAUUGUAUAUUUCUGUUGGGAUUAUUCUACCUGCGUGGACUUAUUCACGUGGAUUUUCAGCGAUAUCUCAAAAAUGUUCCACCAUUUAAAAUAAUAUUUUUAUGGGUUAGCAUUGUUGUACAUAUCAUUAUUUCUGACGGAUUUAAAGACACUGGACACCUUUGGUAAUUGUCUAAGACCAGUCUUCUCACUUGUUGUAUCUCAACAU